AUCCACUCAUUUGUCCUCUGAGUCAUCUUACGAUAUGCUCAGGGAAGCUGCGUUCCGUAAGUUCUCUUCAAAUAUGUGACUGUGUAUCAAGGAAACUAAGGAACGAUACCUGCUAAAGACGGAAGGCGAACACGUUUCCAGAUGCCGAAUGUCACAGCAACGUCGCAGCUGAAUCGAGAGUAUCAGCGCCAAGCUUCAUUGGCCCCUAUAACAAGUACAGGACAUGGCGGAAUGGAUAGCGAGGAGUCAAUUAGCUCCGUGCCAAUUGUGAACUCGACCACUCCUUCUGAAUUUGGUACUCAUCAUUCGCCGCCAUCUCGGACUAGAACUCCGAGUCGUAGCAUUGUGGCUUCGGGAAGUCAGCACGCUGGUGGUGUGAGCCGGACUGACCCCGGUCCUCGUCCAGCACUUCCCCCACGACAUACUCGCCCGUCUCAGGACAUAACGCCGCGACCACAGAGUACCGGAAAUCUAGUGCUUCCAUCAACCAAUAACUUCGCUUCUCCUCCUCCGACAGCAGAUAAUCCUGGACACGAGAGAGCUCAGGAUGAGUCUGUUUUGGAUCCAUCCCUCAGCUCUGAAAUCCCGGUGGAAGAUUCGCCAGAAAAUUCUAAUAUGCAACCCCGGAACUCUAGAGGGACUUCGAAUGACCUGUAUGACCAUUUUCGUCGUAAUCACCAACGUAGCAACAGCGAUCCAACACCAGUUCGCGUGAUUGGGGCAUCUCCACCAUCUCCUCAAAAUUCCGCUUCAGAACCUCCAGGGUCCGUGGAUCACGAUGAAUCAAACUCUCCCAGACCAUCAAGUGCUCCAAGCGGACCUUCAGGAGAUUCAUCACUUCCGAAUGGAACAAAUCCACCAGGCGGACCUGCAGGAGUUCGAUCACCUCCGAGUGGAGCAAGUCUAUCAAGCAAUGAUCCUUCAAGAAACAGAACUUCAAACGUUUCCUAUCCUGUACGUCCUAGUCCUGUGAUCCCAUGGCCGUUUCGUCCAUUCCCAUACCAUGAAAAUGCUCCUCCUCCUCCGCUGCCUCCGCCCGCACCUUCCUUCGUCGUUCCAACGGUCCCAUCUCCAGUUCAUUACGUUCCGUCUGUGCCACCAAACGCACUUCCAAAUCCACAGUUGCCUCUUUGGCCAACGCCUGCCGUACCUUCUUUUUUGUUACGACCAGCUAUGCCUGUACCGGGUUCUGCGGUCAUGUGGGAACCUGGAACAUUUCCUAUGUCUCCACUCGGAGGUUCCGUUCCGUUGCGUGUGCACCCGCAUAUUCUGUACAAUCCCAUGAGCCCGUCUUUACCUGUUCUACAAUGGGACAUUGUGCUUAGAGCAGAACAAGCUAGGGUUCUGACAGGACAAGCCUUAAUAAAACGACCUUCGCUCAAUGAUGAAGCUGUGGUACCUGCCCCAACUCAAAAUUUUGGUCUGAACGCUGGGCCUAGAAACGGCCAAGCCGAUAGAAAGAUUGACAAGAUCUGGAUUGAGAGCGAUACACCUAUCCUUGCCUGGUGGAUGCAACGAUGGGGACCGAUAAUCAUUGAAAAAUCGAAUAUAACUGUCCGUGAUGUACUGGACGCCGUUCAUACGUAUCUCUCCAUUCCGCUCACUAACGGAGAUUACAAGAAAGCUGUAGAAGUUCAAACACCUACAGACGGUGUCAAUCAUGGAAACGGAAUGCGACUGCGAAAUGCAAGGCGGUUGAGGGCCUCAAAUGGUUGCGAACUACGAAGCGUGGCGCUGAGAGGGCGCGCCCUCGAAGAUGGAUGGUCGGCACAACUCAUGGGUGCGGAUCCAGGGGAGUCUUCAAUAUAUCGCAGAAGCGAUUUACUCGGAACGUAUCGACGAUUUCUGGGGCUUAGGCCGAUUGUUUUUUCAGAUGGUUCUUGGAAACUAUUAUUGGGCUUAGGGCCAGGUCCCGUUCCCAAGUUUUCUUAGUUUCCUCGAAGAUUUGUCAAGUUAUUUUUCUUCCGCCAAAACUGUGAUGACCUAUACUAACGAAUUAAACCAUGAU